AGAGACGCGCCAUUUUCCACAGUGGCAACACCUCAACACAAAGUGUCAAACGUUUCUGGCUGCAAAAAGUGCGUGCUGGGAGUUUUUCCAAAUUUUUCGCUAGGAAACCGUGAAAAUAAACCGCAAUUUUAAUGAGAAUGAGUGGCAGACCACCGCCGAGAAUUGACGGGAUGGUAUCCCUCAAGGUUGACAACCUAACCUAUAGGACCACUCCCGAAGAUUUGCGGCGUGUAUUUGAGAGAUGCGGAGAAGUUGGUGAUAUCUACAUCCCGCGGGAUCGAUUCACCAGGGAAAGCAGGGGUUUUGCAUUUGUGCGUUUCUACGAUAAGCGCGAUGCUGAGGAUGCGCUUGAGGCCAUGGACGGCAGGAUUCUCGAUGGAAGGGAGCUUCGUGUCCAGAUGGCCCGCUAUGGACGCCCCACGAGCCCCCAUAGGCGUUCCACUCGUAGUGAUCGCAGGCGCAGAUCUCGUUCUCGUUCUCGCGAUCGUCGUCGAUCACGCUCUAGGAGCCGCUCCCGCGGGGGCAGACGCUCGUAUUCGCGAUCGCGAUCACGAUCGGACAGCAAAUCAUCACGCGGAAGGCAUUCGCGCUCACGUAGCCCUGUGCAUCCGCGUUCCAAGUCCAUCAGCCGAAGCCGCAGCCGCAGCAUUUCGCGCAGCAACAGCCGCGAUUGAGGCAAGGAUCGCCCGGGGAAGAAAGGGAAGAGAUAACUCUCUGUCUCUGGGUUUUGGCGGUUUUUACAAGGUGAGUAGUUGAGAGUUUUUUUUAUUGUUGUUGUGAUUAUUUUAGUGUUUUUGGGUGGUUUAUUAGUUUACUUAUUCUGAGAUGUGGGUGGGAUUUUUUUUCUUUUCUUGUAUCAUCCUUUUCUAGCCAACAAUUUAUCCAACAAGACACACUUUGCAACUUUUCACGAUAGAACAUCAAGCCCCUCUGUCCCCGAGAAAUUCAACCGAGAUAUUAACAGUGAAUGCCCCGAGAAAUGGAAAGAAUGUCAGAGAGAGAGAGAGAAAGAUGAAAGAGAGAAAAAAGGUACAUAUAAAAAGUCUAAUAUUAAAAAAAUAAAUACACACACAUAAUUUUUUAUAUAAAAAAAAGAAGAAAAUCAAUUCAAUUUGAUCAUUUUCUACACUUUCGUAUAAUAAUUAAUAAUAUAUUUUUUUUGUAAAAAGGGAAAUAAUCUCUUGUUGCGCAUUUUAGUUUUUAAUUUCUUUCAAGAAUAAUUUUUUUCUGAGAUUAGAAUUAGAAAUAAAGAGGAAAUCUUCUUGAGAUAUUCUCCAAUAAAACAAUAUAUAAAUAUUAUGUUGUAACCAAAAAGGUAAUAUUUUGGUUAAGUAAAUAUUUCCUUUCAGUCUUACAAAUUUUAACUCUAAUAGACGAUAAGAAAUAAAAAUAAUUACACGUUUAACCCCCUAAUUAUAAAUGGGAAAGUAAUUUUCUUGAGUAGAUGGAAUUAAAUUAAAAAAAAAAAGAAGAAAUGAAAAUAAAUUGUAAAACUAUUUGAUGAUUAUAAAGAGUAAAAGAAAAAGAAAAACAGUGUGAAAUAUCGAAGAUAUUUUUUAUGAGUUGUUUUUGAAAUCUUCAGCAAAUGAUAAAUUGGGAAAUUUACUAUAGAAACAAAACAAGAAAAAAAUAGCUGCAUAUUAUUGAAAAAUUAUUUUUCUGAUUAGGCAAUAAGGAACGCAGAUAGAAACACUAAUGGUCAAAUUUACUCUGUCACUUUUUUUUUUUUUUUUGAGAAAAGAAUAAAAGAAAUAACAGAUUCAAGUGUAAA